UCCACCACAAUCAACUUGUCAGUCAGCGUUCAAUCCGCAUUCUCGUUGUUGAUCUCGUUUGUUGUGCGAUCGCCUCGUUUGUGUAACGAAUCGAGUUGAUUGUCCGCGACAAUGCUACAGUCAACGCGGACGUUUGCGCGUUUUUAGUGUGCGCUUGUCCGCCGCCGCGGCGACAUCACGCUACUAAUCCAUAAAUAUUAUUAAAUCGGGCCUCCAAAUACAAGCAAAAUCUUCAUCUGCAACUGAAAAAUUCACCGUGUGUGCAUCCCACGACGAUGCUAUGAUUCACACUCAUCGAAUAUAACCACCAACAGCUGUAAAAAUGACCAACCAACUCAAUUUCAACGAGACCAUCGAAUGGGGCGACCACAUGAACAACUCGUGGUCGAUUAAAGACGCUGAUAAUCUCGCCUCGCGCGAUGUCGUCCAAGCUAUGUACGAAAGUCUGCUCACAAACAAAGAAAUCAAACAAAUUCCAGACUCUGUCAUAACCUACGCUGAUAUUCAACUCUUGCCUGAUUUUCUCUACGAACUGCCACAUCAGAGUGAACUGGAGCAGUAUGUUGUGUGUCUGCUCACUAGUCAACUGGAGCUUGCCAAGAACGUCUCGUCGUCAACUCCGUUCGCCACCAUUUUGAAACAGCGCUUGUUGAUUCUCAAACGCAUCUAUCACGCGCUGGUUGCCCGCUUUCACGAGUCUGAAAAACCACAAGUAAGCACAUCAAACACAAAUAUAAGUACUACAGGUGUAUCUGGACAGUUGGAGCCUUUAUGCGGAUCACAAGCACUGCUUGAAAUCGGUGUACAGUCAGGUUUGAGUUUACUCUUUGCGUUAUUACGUCAAAACUGGCAGGAUUCUUCCAUGUUGGGUAUGCAACCGCUAUGCAACCCUGUGUUACAAACAGCCAAUGAGAUUAUCGACUUGUUUCCGCCAUUAUCUCUAUCGAACGACACGCAAAUCACUCCGUUGGGUAUCAAAUGCCUGCAUAAAGUGUCUGCGUUCUUGAAAGAAGUUGUUUUGAAGAAUAACACGGUCGAUACAGCUGGUAGGAUACUAGCUUCUGAAUUAUUACUUAGUUUAUCACUGCAAAGAGGCUCGUUGAGGUAUUUACUCGAAUGGAUAGAGAUGGCGUUCGACGCAAUGACAGUUGACACCGAAACUGAAAUCACCAGUGCGAAAUUUAACCUCAAUUUGAGUUUAAAACUGAAUCAGACGCAGCCUUUAGAGGUUAAUGAUUGUGAUGAAGAAAUCUCACUCUAUGACGGUGCGUAUAGACUCAUGGAGCGUCUGGUUGAAAUGGCGAUUGACUACGGUGACAGUUACAACGCUGCAACCAACUCUACACACACAUCACCAGUGAAUACAACCGGCGAAACAAAUGAAUCCAGUGAUGUAUUCGUCUGGGGAUCAAAUUCAUCACAUCAACUCGCCGAGGGUAACCAAGAGAAGAUUAUGAUCCCGAUCAAGAGUAAGGUAUUCCAACAGGUGCAGCAAGUGGAAGCCGGUCAGUAUUGCACGUUUAUUAUCCAUUUCGACGGGAAAGUAAGCGCAUGCGGGAAAGGGUCCUACGGUCGUUUGGGGCUCGGUGAUUCCGCGAAUCAGAACCUCCCAAAGCGGGUAUUGAUCGAUACGAAUGUAAGAAUGGUCUCCAGUUCAAAGGGUAGUGAUGGUCAUACUUUAGCUCUGACUGAUGAGGGUAGUGUGUAUUCAUGGGGAGAUGGUGAUUAUGGUAAACUGGGUCAUGGCACCUGCACAACCCAUAAACAACCCAAAUUGGUCAUGGCUCCAUUCACCGAUAAGGUUAUUAAAUGUAUACAAGCUGGUUAUCGGCAUAGCGCGGCUGUUUCCGAGGAUGGGUUGUUGUAUACCUGGGGAGAGGGUGACCAUGGUCGAUUGGGACAUGGUGAUACCACUGGUAGGCAGAUCCCGACCUUAGUUAGGGAUUUAACUAAUGUGGGGAGUGUUGCUUGUGGUUCCGCGCAUACCCUAGCGGUUGCUAAGGAUGGUAAAACGGUUUGGUCCUUUGGCAGUGCGGAUUCCGGCCGUUUGGGGCAUGGGAUCAUCGCGAAAGUGUAUAGACCCAAGGUUAUCGAAGGUCUCCAAGGGUUGAAUGUACGGAAAGUAUGCGCAGGCGCUCUGUUUUCAAUGGCGUUGACAAAAUCCGGUCAGGUUUAUACCUGGGGAAGUGGGGCUUCACUUGGUGUGGGAUCAACUGAUACCAUGCAUCUAUCUCCUACUUUGGUGAAUGAACUAGGGGCGUAUAGAAUUGUGGAUAUAGCUGCGGGUGAUGGGCAUUGUUUGGCCCUAACGGAUGAGUAUGAAGUGUUUGCGUGGGGGACAAACGCGAUGGGUCAAUGUGGGCAGGGUCAUACCAAUGGUCCAAUUACACGCCCGCAUAAGGUUAGUGCGUUGAGUGGGUUCCAUAUUCGGCAGAUAAGUGCAGGGACAUCUCAUUCCUUGGCCUGGACCAGUAUCCCGCUGGAGAAUCAGCAAAUUACCAGGCAUAAACCCUUUUGCUUGGAUCUACAUGAGAAGACUUUUGAACUGCUGAAGAUUUUCUUGGAUAAAUACGCGAAGGAUUUCUACGCCCCCCAGGUCCCUAAACCCUUUAAAACCUCCCAGGAGCAUCAUAAGUUUGUUCUGCUGUGUUUGAAACUCCUGCAGACCCAUUUGACACUUUGUAAAAGUGGGGGACUAGGGAAGAAUAUCCUGGGACCCAAUGCGAAACCAUUGCGGGGUAUUUUGUUUGGGUUGAUUGAUACCAGUACCCCUGCGGAUAUUGAUGCAAAGGUUAGGGAUGUUAUCUGUGUGGGGGCAGCGUUACUCCUGCCGGAUUUAAAGGAGCGCAUUGAAUUGCUCAAUGAGCAACUGCCAAUUGGUGAGGAUCUUUCCCAGGGGAAGGAGAAACUCCUCCGGAUUAUUCUUCAUAGUCUAGAGGAACCCGGGCAGGUUGCAGCCCUUUUGGGUUUUAAUAGUGUACCAGAAAAACUGGACCUUAAUCAUUUACACCUCACCGAGGAACUGAUGAAGACCCUUUUGGUCACGUUCAGUUGUCACACUGAAGAGAUCCUUGAUAGUGCAGCGGAAUAUGUAGAAACCAACAAAACCCAUCAGGAGUUGGAUAAAUGGAAGACCCCUGCGAACCCACAUACACCUCUAUUGAGGAAACUCUUGUCCUCACUCCAGAAUCAUCUCCUAGCUGAUUUCGUUAGUCAGAACAUCCAGAAACACCCUUUGGAUGUCAAUAUCCUUCGUAAUCAUCUUAACCAUCUAUUCCCUCUUGCUACCAAGAUAAUCACCAAAGCUAAGGAAGUGGUUGAAGGUCACAUGAUCGCCCUGGACCUACUCUUCAAUGCUCUGCUAGAAUCAAUCGCAGGAUCCAUGUUAUUAAAAGUCCUCAACUCCUUACUAUUGAUGAAUAGCUCCUUCAUGAAAGACAUGCUCCCAAUGUUACUGGUACUCAUGGAAGCCCUGGACCAACUCAACAGACUCCUCCCCAUCGAUGUCCUCAAUGACAUAGACUUCAUGUCUUCAGGAUCCGCAACUCCUACUUUAACCCAACUCACUGAUCAAGCCUGGAUAUGGUUAACUGACCUGGAAAAGACCUGCUCCCUCUUGAUAGGACAAUGCCUAGGUGGGAUACUCAUCGGGGAACCUUUGGUCAAGUCCGAAGUAUACGCUGCUAAAUGGAUGUCCAAUGUGGUCUUCUCCAAUGGCAUCUCCGAGGAUAAACGGGUGUAUGUCCAUCGGAUCAAACAAAUCUCCUACUUUGUGAUGGCCAACUGCCAUGAGCAGAUCUUCAGCAUCAUCGGGAACUUUUCCAAUGAUCAACACAACAACCUCAAAGUUGCUUUGAACCUGCCUGAUCAAUAUGAUGAAGCAUGUGCUUGUGAUGUAGAAAAACCAGCGGAUCUAGACACUGGGAACUUUUACACCGCCAUGAUUGAAGCCGCAGGGAUAGAAAUUGAUCCUUUUUAUAUCGAAGAUGAUAAGGAUACAUUGAUAUUAGACACCAUAGUCAGGUGUUUCCUCUUUACAUGUCUCAAACACUUUGGGUUGUUGGACAGGAGUAAGGAUAACGAAUACAUGCAGGAGAUUUAUAAGUCCGCUUUGACCUUGAGACAACUCCUGAUGAACAUCGCUUGUAACUCCAAAUGUAACGAAACAGACUCCUCCUCGGAGACCAAAGAAGGCAAAUCCGAUACGGAUGAAGACGAUGACGAGAAGGAUUUCUACGAGGGGGUCAACUACACAGAUUACAAAUUCUACACGUAUUGCAAACACCUACUAAGCAGGACAUUAUAUGUUUUACUAUGUCUGGAACCUUUAAACUUUAGUAAUGAUCAAUUAAAGUCUACAACAGAAGAUUACAAACAGGGACAUGCGCAUUACAUCAACACCUAUGAAGUUCCUGUGAAGAAUGAAACCAUGAGGAGGUUAUGCGCAUCCCUAUUGAGUUUUGUCUGUGAUGAACCAGCAGAUAAACAACCCCUGAGUAACAACUCCAUGAAUGGCUGGUCUACGGAGUUACCAGUGAUCAAUGACGCUUUGCAUAUUCAAAAAGACCGCGCAAUUGAUCGCCUCAACGCCCUGGAGUUGAUCUAUGACCUCAUGUUGAAGAGUAGGAAUGACCCGAGUAUAACCGUACAUAAUUGUAUACAACAACAGUUGUUAGCAGGGUGUUUUGGUAUGUUUAGCACCAAAUCCGAAGAAUCCUGCACUCAGUUACAUCAUUAUCUUGAAGGGAUAAGUGCGUCACCCGUGAGGAUACAGGAGAAUAUCCGUAAGGUUGUACACAACAUUUAUAAAUUAUUAGUGGAGUCACUCCAGGCGAAUUCAAGCGAUUGUAGUAAGAAACAACUUCAAUUAUUGACGAUUUUUUCAUUGAGUACAAGAUAUCAUGCGAAUGAUUUAACCCUGGUGAUUGAGAGUGGUCUCCUGCCGAUAUUGAUGGAUAUGUAUAAUUAUCUCAUGGUGCCGAAGCAUAUUAUUAGUAAAACGCAGAUGUUGAAUGUUGCUGCGUUGAGAUUAACGCAUAUCCUGGCGAUGUCUUGUUGUAUACACGCCAGAGACAUCUCUGCGGCGAGUGUGGAAAGUGUGAUUGACAAGUUAUUCCUGCAGUUCUCGAAUAUUGUCACCAAUAAACCCAGUCUGGAUCAUGAUCAGAAGAAUCAGAGUACUUUUAUACGUUGUAAGAAUAACUACGAUCGAUUACUAGGUGAUUUUUUGGUGUUUUUACGCAUGAUUGCCAGUGAGACUUUGAUACAGAAGUAUCUAGCGAAGAAACAUUGGAUUGAUGUGUUGUUUCACGUGUUGCAUAGCCAAAGAUCUGAUUUGGAACUGAGGUUAAGUUUGUACGGACUCAGACCCAAGUUGAUUGUGCUGCAGAUAUUGCAAAUCAUCCUGCCGGGGUUGAAGAGUAAACAUUUAGACACACCGCAGAGGUCGAGUAUUGUUGAUAAGUUAUUCACGCAGUUGUCGUUUGAGGUUUGGGGGAUUAUCAACGCGCUGGAACGCGAUGAUGUUAAAGAAGAGCAGGGGAUUAUUGAAGAUACGAAAGAUUCACAAGAAGAAGAUAAUAUCGUCAUUGAAGACUUUGGUUUCGAUCAGGAAAAAUGCACGAAUUGUUUUAUUGAAUACAAUUUAACUCUGGUGCAUGACGCUGGUGGAAGAGGUUAUGGUUUAGGUUUGAGUGCGAUGAAAAGCGGAUGCUACCAAUGGAAGAUUCUAAUCGUCAAGGAGAAUAAGGGUAAUGAAGGGACCUGUAUCGGUGUGGCACGCUAUCCGAUACAGGAUUGCAGUCAUCGCAACACUAGGGACAUGUGGUUGUACCGAGCGUAUUCCGGAAGUCUCUACCACAAUGGCGAAUGUGAUUUAUGUCUAGAAAGUUACACACAAGGUGAUUAUAUCACUGUGGUGCUGGAUAUGGAAGCCAGGACGCUGAGUUUUGGUAAAAAUGGCGAUGAACCUCGUGUGGCGUUCGAGAAUAUUGACGCGACUGAAUUAUACCCUUGUGUGAUGUUCUACAGUACGAAUCCUGGGGAAAAAGUUAAAAUAACUGAUAUGCAGGUUAUCGGUCACCAGAGGGCGUAUCAAACCGGCGAGCCGGAAUUAGCACCUAUGCCUUCCGUUCUAUCUGAAUCCAUCAUAACCUUAAUUCGUAAACUCCACGUGUCUAAUACCUGGGUGGAUGAUAUAAAUUCCGCGAUAAUUCAUCGUUUAAAAGAGAUUAAAACUCUGUUUCCAAUGAAAAACGCCGCGGCAAUUGACAUAACCUCAAAUGUAGACGAACCUAACCAAAAUAUCGAUUUAGAAAAACUCUGCUCGCAUGUAUGGUCCGCAAUGGCGGUGAUAGGCGGGUUUGAUCGUGGUCUGCGCAUGGGCGGCUUCUGCAAGCUGAAAUCAUCCGGAAAACGUGGUAUUGUCCUUGGAAUAGUCAAACCUGGUAUUAUACCCGUCAAAGUCCAAUGGGAACCGGACGGGGAGAUCACCGACGUGAGUUCCCCGAGUCAAAUUGAUUUCAUUGAACCGCCACCGUUUAAUACCUAUCGAUUAGUUGGUUUAACCCCGGAGAUUUUGACACAUUUAUCGCGUUUGAGUGGGAUUACAGAUGAAAUCACCAUGCCGAUUGUUAAUCUGACAAAAGAAGAAGAAUUGCUGGUUCCGGAGAAUUUUGUUGAUAAACGCAGUCAACCAGCGUGGAAAUCCAGCUCGGAUUCAAAACUCAUCGGUUUGGGUCAUGAUGGUUCCAAAGGUUUGGCACGCACGAUGGAAUCCCUUACAGACGAGAUGGUUUCUUCAAUUUUGGAUGAAGUGAAACGUAUUUGAAAAAUAUCAACAACCCAAUCGGAUACACGUUUGGAUGACAUCGAAGCGAAGAAAUGCGCGGAGUUAAAACGCAGUGAAGCGCGUUUACUACAAAAUCGUUUGUUAAAAAUCGAAGCGAACGUUAUGCAACUCUCCUUCCUGCAAUUCGCAGCGCUCAAGUGCCUACAUUCGGUACUAACAUCAAGUAAAUACUCUGAAUUGUUUCUGGUUUCGAAUAAUUUUAAUCUAAAAGUGGCGAAUGAAGAAAUGCGCGAUGUGGUUAAGAAUAUCAUGCGGAAUAUCGUAGAAAAGAGUAUCGAACAGAGUAAGCUACGGAAUGUUGUGAGUAUGGACGAGAUGGAGCGCGCCGCGAGUGUUUUACACGCGAACUACAUAAAAUGUAAGAUCAACGGCAUGUAUAGUGACUUUAACGACGCACCCGAACGCAAACCCGCGGUGAAAACACGGAAAAAGUCGGUGUGUUCGCUGCACAGCGCGAAUUUAACCUGUAGUGGUGGGGGUAACACCUCCGGUGGUAAUAAUAACACUAGUGGUGGGGGUAAUGGGGCAGCUAUGGCGGGACAGAUGUUUACAUUCCGCCCGCCGACUUCUCUAGCGGUGAAUUCGUCUUCUCCAUGGAAUAUUCUUGACCCAUAUUCUGCAUCUCAAGUUCAAUCAUCGUCCACUCCGCGCGCGCGUCGUUCGAUCCUCUUCAGUAAUUCCGAAAUAGAAGAAGAUUUAUGGUCCAUACGUCGCAGAUCCAACUCCCCACCACCUCCACCAAUAGCCGCGCCUUUGUUAGAAAUGGGUUUCUCCCUGCGGCAUAUUCUAAAAGCCAUCGCAGAAACGAAAAGCUCCGGGGAGGUAAGUGCGCAUACUAUAAACAUGCUUGCCACGUGGAUGAUUGAACACCCUUCGUUGGAUACCUGCGUUGAGGAAGACCCAAGAGUUGGGGAAUGUCUUUCCACGCGUAGAAAUAGCGCAGGUGGGUCUGGAUCCUGUUCAGGGUCAAAUUUAGGUACGGCUAGUGGUGUUGGUCUACACCAACCUUCAAGUUCUUCAUCUUCUGCACGUGCAGGUGCUUUGGAUGAUCAAGCACAACCACAAUUAUUGAUGCGGAAUAUUUUCGCCACGCCCAAGUUGCUACAACUGAGGAAUUUAGCGAUGAUGAAUAGACGUAUACAGAACACUUCGGAUGAUUCAGAUGUAGCGGGAUCUGUUUCCGGGGCAGGGUCUUACCCUAGUAGAGUAUGUGGGUUGGGUAUGCGCAGGAGGGGAUGUCCGGAUAUACGCGGAUACUUUGCUGAAAGAUCAUCAGAACGAAGCAGGGAUAGAGAUCGUGAACGUAUGCAUGUGAGGGGAGAAGCACAUCCCCUAAUCGCCAAUGUUUUACCCUCCAGUGAUAAUCUGGAAGCCCUGGCGAGUGAUCGAGAUGUCCCCUCUUGUUCCACAGAUGACCCUGGGUCUUCUGCGUGUCCCUGUCAUGAUUACGAGGUGAAACUGCGUAAUUUCCUCACGAAUUCAUGCGGGACCAAACCAAAGUGUCCAUGUGCACGUGCCCUAGACACCUGCGAGUGUACCACGUGUCAGAAUCAGACCCAAUCUGAGCCUAACAAUCGCAUUAGUUUACUUAACCUCAUCGCGCCUGAUUUGGUCUUUGAUGAGAAUAAUAAAAUCGAACAGGAUGCUUCUAACCUCAAAUUAGGUUCGGUUUCUGAUUUGCUGGAGUUGGAUGAUGUGGAGAAGAUCAAGGCACACUUUGGGUUGAGUGAUACGGUGUUUAAUCCAAGCCCAUUGAGGGUUGGGACACUUAUGGACUUUGAUCCUCUGGGUACGGCUGCAGUUGCGACGAUAAACUACGAUUCACAUCGCCAGAAUGAGUACGAGAUGAAGAAUCUGGGCACGCAGGCUUCGUUCAUCAACUACCCGCAUGACCGCAUCACUGCCUACAAAUUCAUGACCAGAUCCAUACACAUCCUGCUAUGCAGGAGUAUAAUUUUGAAUGUUUUAUCUUUACUUUCAUCGACGAAUUCGGUUAAUCUGGUGAAGAGUCUGGAGGUUAUUGGGUUGUAUGAUAUCCGGAGGGUUGUCCGCGUGAUGACCCUCACUGCGAUGAACCGUGUGGAGAUUACUAACUCCCUGUUAAGGCAACCGGGCUCCUUUACCUUCGUUGAAAAAGGUUUCAAGUUGUCUGUGCCUAUGUCCGCCGCGGAAAGCACUUGUUUGGAUAAUUUGAGUAUUGCCAUCGCUGCGCUUGCCCAGAAUGAUCUGGAUUCUUCCAAGUUGGUGGUUAAUAUGUGCACCAGGGAUUUGAUCCUCACUGCAUACACGCCCAACACCUCGAAAUGUGCGUUUGCUGUAACCCAGGCACUGGUCUCUAUUUUGUCUACACAUGGAGGUUGUUCUCUUCUGGACCUCCCCAAAGAAGAAACAGACACCUCUGAUGGUGCGACUACUCCCAGUCAUGUCCUAAACUCGAAUGCGUUGAGUCUGGUCAAUGCCCUAGCUGCCUUCCUGAUGUCCCAAAGGGUUUCGCAUGAGAACCGACAAUGGGCCGCUCAGCAACUCUUCAAAUGUGUCUCAACCAGGAUUAAAAUCUUCUCGGGACCUACUUCAGAACAGGUAAACUACGCGGAUUUCUCCAAUUAUCUCCCGCAGAGGAAUAUUAUCACCAUGGAGGGUCAUGAUAAUCGCGUGAGUUGUGUGAGUUUCAACCAUCACAAUGGUCUCCUUGCUUCCGCCGGUUAUGAUAGUACGGUGAGGAUAUGGGAGUUUGAUAAUGAACACCACCCGUUUUUGAAUUACACCAUGGUCUACCCAUUGGAACACACGUUGGUGUUUCAUGAGUCUAUUGAUGUGUAUGGUUGUGAGUUGAGGGAUAAAUUGAUCGCGGAUGUGAAGUGGUCCCCGAGGGGUAACUACAUUGCGGCUGCCAUGGGUAGUGUGAUUAACAUCUGGCCCAUACCCAUGGUGAGUCAUGAACAGGAAGGGUAUAGGGAUUGGUAUAUUGUGGACCAGCAUGAGUUGGUCACUUGUAUUGCUUUCCGGGUGAAGAAUGACAGCUCAGCGGAGUAUUUGUUGGUGGGGCGUGUUGAUGGUACCGUUUCCCUGACGUCUAUAUUCCGAGAUACAAAGAAAUCAGAUGUUUUGGUUAAUUAUUCAAUGGAGAGUGAUACCAUGGUGAGGUUUAUCGAGUGGUACCACGAGCAGGAAGCGUUUGUGAUUGGCUUCCUUGAUGGUACCCUAAAACUGGGGUAUUUGCAUGUUAACACCCGGAUUGUUACGGUGAAAGCCCAUGAGGCUGAGUUGACUGGGUUGCGGUAUUGUUCUGAAGGUGUACUCAUUGCAACCGCAUCCACUGAUUCAACGGUGAAGAUCUGGAAGGAGGAGAAUCAGAAUAGUCUGCAGUUAUUACACACCCUGAAACAUGACCAUGUGGUAUCAUGUCUGGAAUGGUCUCCUAUAGUUGGUAACCUCACCACACCUUACCUCCUAGCAACCGGGACUGUUUAUGGUACCAUUAAUGUUUGGUUACUACCGGAUGCGAAGAAUAUUCAGGUAUCCCCUGUGUUGGUGUUUGCUAAACAAGGUCACAGCUAUGAACCGGUAACCACUUUGACCAUUGAUCCCAUGGGUUGUCUCUUGGCCAGUGGCAGUCUGAAGGUGGUCAAUUUAUGGUCGCUAACUGAUGGGGUCCUAGCGCAUACCAUCACUGGACCCGGCGGUGUUACAACUAAUGGUCUCACGUGGAAUAGACACAAUAAACUCUGCAUCGCUUUCAAUAGAUCCAAAGAUGUCACCCUUUUAGAAUAUAGUCUACAGGACUACCAGGAUUAUCGACCUGUAUAUGUCGCGAGGAGUGCCCUGCUUAAAAAUGGCAUCCGGGGAUUGUCCACAGCGCCAUUCCUGAAGACCUUGAUCAAUCAACUGCCGAAAAUGUUGAUGGAGCAGUACUACAAUGAGAAGCUCCACGUGCAGACUGGUCUCCAGUUGAUGCAUUCGAAUUACCUGAAGAGUUUAACCUCCCUGGCUCUGCUGCUGAACCUAAACGAUGUGGUUUACACCAAGUUGAAACCCAUGAAUAUGCGGAAUGAUGUGGUGCCCGAAGCCCAAUGGUUGGACACCUUUGCCACCACUGCUAGGAUAUCAGAAUCAUUGGUCAAGAGAACCGAGUUACCCUUAGGGUUGUUGAAGGAUGUGGAUGAUGAAGAGAAACUAGCAGCUGCCCAGAAUACCUUCUGGAGUGUGAAGCAAGACGAGCAGAUUAUGGAUUGGGUCAAGCAACGUCCGCAGGACUGGCAGAUUGGUGGUAAAUGUGUUGCAUACAUGUGGGGGUCAAAUAGAUAUGGGCAAUUGGCAGGCGACUGCAAAAGUGCUACACCCAUGGAGGUUGACUCAUUUGCUUCCGCGAAGAAGAUUGUCUGCGGGCAUAACUGCACGUUUGUCAUUCAAGCCAAUGGGACUGUAUUGGCAUGUGGUGAGGGGAGUUAUGGGAGACUUGGGCAAGGAAACAGUGAUGACCUGCAUAACCUCACGGUGAUCUCCACUCUGCAAGGGUUUGUCAUCACAGAUCUUGCUACUUCUGUGGGUUCGGAUGGGCAUAGUCUAGCACUGGCGGAGUCUGGUGAGGUGUUCUCCUGGGGAGAUGGGGAUUAUGGUAAACUGGGUCAUGGGAACAGUGACCGUCAAAGGAGACCUCGACAAAUUGAAGCGUUGCAGAAUGAAGAGGUUAUACAGGUUUCAUGUGGGUUUAAACACUCUGCAGUUGUGACAGCUGAUGGUAAACUCUUCACAUUUGGUAAUGGUGAUUAUGGACGUCUUGGACUAGGGAGUACCACCAAUAAAAAACUCCCCGAACGUGUGACCCUUUUGGAAAACUAUAAAAUUGGGCAGGUUUCCUGUGGUCAUAAUCACACCGCGUGUGUUUCCACUGAUGGUAGACGAGUCUGGACCUUUGGGGAAGGUGAUUAUGGUAAACUGGGUAUAGGUCACAUCGCUACCAAGUCCACACCUCAACUGGUAGAGUCCCUGUAUAAUAAAUGUGUGAAAAAAGUGGGCUGUGGGACCAACCUGACCAUAUUCCUAACUGACCUGGGGAAGAUCUACGUCGCUGGGACGGAUAGGUCCCACUGGCAGGAUGCCACCAGCAAACGAGGAGAUUUCCGCCCGCAGGAGUUGCUCUGUUUCGCUGGGCUGACCUUCAAAGACUUUGCAAUUGGGACUGAACAUGUCCUUUUCCUCUCCACCUGUGAUAAGGUCUUCUCAUGGGGGGUUAACAGUGAUGAACAACUGGGGAUCUUACACUCGGUCCUCUGGCAGCCGGAAAUCGUCACCCAAUUGACCAAUAAGGGUGUUAAGCAGAUUUCUACAGGUAGGACACAUUCAGCUGCCUGGACAGCUGAACCCAUGGCGGGUAGACAACCCGGGAUUACGAAUUCAUUGAGUUUUGGUCUUCCGGAAGACAUACCCACUCAAUAUGAACACCUACAAGGUUUGGCCAUUGAAGCCAUCCAAGCCAGGUUGAGAUUCCUGCAUAGUUUCUCGGAUAAGUUGUACAACUGCUGGACCCUGAUGCCCUUGAGCACCCAACAGAGUGAACUUAACAUGCCACCACUAGAGGGACUGGUCUCACCUGUUCUAAGACCUCUACUAGCACCUAGGGUUUACACCCUGCCAUUUGUAAGGUGUAUUGGUAAGACCAUGGUCCAAGGGAAGAAUUAUGGACCACAAAUCAUCGUGAGGAGAAUAGCGCAUAAAGGUCACAAGCUAAGACCUAUUUUUAUCCAAGUAGCGAAACAGGUCAUCGAGAUCCGCGCGACUGAUCUACGCCUACCUUCAAGGGCAUGGAAGGUCAAACUUGUAGGUGAGGGUGCAGAUGAUGCAGGAGGUGUCUUUGAUGAUACCAUCACAGAAAUGUGUCAGGAGAUUACUUCAGGUGUGGUCCCACUUCUGGUACCCACCCCGAAUGCGGUGCAUGAUGAGGGUUACAACCGCGAUAAAUAUUUAUUCAACCCGGAUCUAAUCGGGGAACAGGACUUGUCAUGGUUUAAAUUUCUGGGUGUUUUAUUUGGUGUGGCGAUCAGGACCAGGAAACCCCUGGCGUUACCACUUGCACCCUUGAUUUGGAAGCUGAUUGUUGGUGAUCCAGUGACAAUAAGUGAUUUACACGAAACAGAUUCAAUGUACGUGCAGAGUUUGAGGAGUAUCAAGGAUAUUCAUUUGUCCGGCGUGACUGAGAAGGAUUUCCACGAUGUGAUCCCGCUGGAUUGCUUCGAGGGUAGUAGUUGUAAUGGUAAGGUGGUACCUAUUGUCCCGGGUGGUAGGAGUAUUCCAUUGACGUUUGCUACGCGGCAGCAAUAUGUCGAUGCGGCGAUCAAGUUCCGUUUGGAGGAGUUUGAGCUGCAAAUUGCGGCGUUGCGCGAGGGUAUGGCGGGGAUUAUUCCGGUACCAUUGCUGUCGUUGAUCACGGCUGAUCAUAUGGAGCAGUUGGUUUGUGGCAUGGCGCAUAUAUCGAUUUCACAGCUGAAGAAAGUUGUGAGGUAUCGUGAAUUGGAUGAGAAUCAUCAAAUGGUUAAGUGGUUAUGGGCUAUCCUCGAGGGUUUCACCAAUACAGAGCGUGUGUUGUUCAUGCGGUUUGUUUCGGGCCGAUCUAGACUUCCUGCCAACAUGGCUGAUCUGUCACAGAGGUUUCAGGUUAUGAAAGUUGAUCGUGCUGCAAAUGGUCUCCCAACAGCACAAACUUGCUUCUUCCAACUACGCCUACCGCCCUACACGAGUAUGGAGAUAAUGGCGGAACGUUUACGUUAUUCAAUCAACAAUUGUCGCUCGAUCGACAUGGAUAACUAUAUGCUUGCGCGGAACACGGACGUGGGGCCGGGUUCCGAGGACGAGUAUUAAUCAAGCAACUGUGAUUAUAAUUCUAUUUAUUUUAAAAAGGAGUGCCCAGUACAGAGACGGUUGCAGACAUGUUGAUUUUAUUCUCAUGCAGAGUUUUUAUUUGAUUUGAUUUAAUUUGAUCGCGCGUGAAAUUUAUUUAUAGAAGUUGUUUUGUUAUUUCUCUGGGCUUAUAAAGAGUUUGAUUGGA